GAUGAAAACCCCGACAAUUGAAUAAUACAUUAAUAAUACAAUUAUUUGUAUAAUAAUUAUAUUUUAUUUGUUUUAAUAUCAGUUUUCUAUUCAUUGAUAUUAAUAGUUAUAGAGAUCUGUCAUUGAAUUAAAUAAAUAUUUAAUAAUAACAUUAAAGCAAUAGUUUUAAACAUCCGUUUAAUAUAAGUUGUGUUUAAACGCAUUGUAAAAGGUGUGUCGAGUCAUUCAAUAGUAAGCAUAAACCCGUUGACACAGAGGAAAGCCUACGAUUAGACCUACCUGUCCAUUGCUAUAGUCGUUUCAUACAUUGACUAUUGAUUUGUGGACUACCCAAUUGACGGGACAGUUGUAUUUGAUUGAUCCUUAAGCUGGAUAAGACAUCUUCGUCGUCAACCAUGUCUGGAAUGUCUUCCCGUAAACCCAAAGGUCGUGCGGCGACCAAAAAGCGGGCGCAGAGGGCGACCAGUAAUGUGUUUGCUAUGUUUGAUCAGGCCCAAAUUCAAGAGUUCAAAGAAGCAUUUAAUAUGAUCGACCAAAACCGCGACGGUUUCAUUGAUAAAGAAGAUCUGCACGACAUGUUGGCCUCGUUAGGCAAGAAUCCUGAAGACGCCUAUUUGGAGGGAAUGAUGAAUGAGGCUCCCGGACCUAUUAACUUCACGAUGUUUUUAACACUAUUUGGCGAACGACUUCAGGGCACAGAUCCCGAGGAGGUCAUCAAAAAUGCGUUCAACUGUUUCGAUGAAGACAACGGCGGCGUCAUCCAUGAGGAGCGUCUACGGGAACUCUUAACCACAAUUGGAGAUCGAUUUACAGAUGAAGAUGUCGAUGACAUGUAUAGGGAGGCACCGAUUGACAAGAAUGGUAUGUUUGACUAUUUGGAAUUCACACGUAUCUUAAAACACGGCGCUAAAGAUAAAGAUGACCAAUAAAUUGGUUUUAAUUAUAAUUUUGUCACCAAAUAUAUGGUGCCUUAAAUUAUUUAUAAACUUAACAAAACUAAUAUUAUUAAAUGUUUAUACUGUAUAUUUUGCCAAACAUUAAAUGGCAUUUUUAAUUAACUGAUUUUAUAUACACUGUUUGAAUGAGCGAAAUAUUUUACUCAAAUAAUAAAUGCAUUAUUUAUAAUACAAUUAAACUUACCGGUACUA